GCGGUGGUGUUGGUGACAGUUGUCCGGGACAGAGCCCUACUGUAGACAGUAAGUCGUCUUCCUACCGUCGUCACACCGUGCAGCACCGCACCGACCACCGUCUCAGUAGAAUGCCUCCGAACAAUGAGCUUCAGAGCGAGACGAUCCUGAACUCGUCGGUGGAGCCGGUGGUGGUAGAGCCUCCCGCCAAGUUGGAGGAAUACAAGCCGAGACUGAUCUGGCUCAACAUCAUCUCCAUUAGCCUCUUUCACCUGAUCGCCCUGUACACCGUCAUCUUUGAUCUCUACAAGUUCAGAUUGAUCAGCAUUAUAUAUGGGUACAUAGUGGGCCAGAUCGGCGGGUUCGGCGUGACAGGAGGCGCACACAGGCUAUGGGCGCAUCGGUCCUACAAAGCGAAAUGGCCUCUCAGGGUUAUACUGCUCAUCUGCUACUCCGUAGCUGGCCAGAACACAGUGUACGACUGGGUGCGAGACCACAGGGUACACCACAAGUUCAGCGAGACGGACGCCGACCCCCACAACUCCAAUAGAGGAUUCUUCUUCGCCCACGUGGGCUGGCUGAUGCAGCGCAAACACCCGGAGGUCUUGCGGAAGGGCGCUCAGGUCGACAUGUCCGACAUCCUUGCCGAUCCUCUUGUUACAUUCCAUACUAAGCAUUUUACUCUAAUAAAGAUAGUGUUCUGCUUCAUCCUGCCCACACUGAUCCCGAUCUACUGCUGGGGCGAGGACCCGAGGCUGAUGAUCCAGGGGAUGGUGUUUGUUCGGUACGUGAUGGGUCUCAACUUCACCUGGCUGGUCAACAGCGCCGCGCACAUCUACGGCAACAAGCCUUACGACAAGAGGAUAAAGCCGUCCCAGAACCUAUCGGUGUCCUUGGUGGCCAUGGGCGAGGGAUGGCACAACUACCACCACGUGUUCCCCUGGGACUACAAGGCGGCAGAGUUGGGUAAUUACCGCGCCAACUUUACCACCUUCUUCAUCGACAUGUUCGCCAAGAUAGGCUGGGCUUACGACCUGAAGACCGCCUCCCCCUCAAUGGUCGAAAGAGUGAUAACCAAGCAUGGAGACGGGACUCAUCCCACCCACGAGCAUCCCCAUCCGGAGUAGCCAUCCUUCCACGUGCUUUACGACAAGUGCAGGAUAUUGUGUGACUUUCUGCUUUUGUCUUUCCAAUGUCUUUCAUACGACCGGGAUUGUCUCUAUAAAGUGCAAUAGGCUUAAAACACUGUAACAUGUAAAAUAUACUCUUAAGAGUCGGAUGUAGUGAAACGUUCUUGAGUUUUGUCACAUAAAACAUUAUUUUUAAACCUCAAAUAUUCUUUCUGCCUUAUUUAUGGUCGUAGGGUUGUACAGAAUGUCUGAUUUUUUAAAAUAUAAUACGAGUAAACACGCAUCAAAAUGAUUUUCGAUGUUUUUGUAAAGUUUAUACUUUUUGAAUGUUUAAACGACGACAUACAAAAAAGUUUGAAAUUCGAAGUAACCAAUAACAAUUUUUAAUAAACUAAGUAUUUGGGUGCGUAUUAAUAUUUUCAAAAUUAGAUAUCUGCCACAACUCUAUUGCCGUAAUAAGAACGUAAAAGUGUUAAACACAAUAGAAACAUAAACAUUGUUUUUAAAGAGGUAAAAUCAACUUUAAAAUGUUAUAGUAUUUAAGAAAAUUACUUCUCUCUUCUUAUAUUUUUAGUUCUCUGUCUGUUAAAAUGUAUAUAACCAUAGGUCGAGAUUGUGCACUAUCGUGAACAUCAGAAUUUAAAAUUAGUUGUUCUAUAAUCAUUUAGUGAAGAUCAAUACAGUUAUUUAUAGCCAGGUUUCUAUUUAUUUAUUAAACCGUGUUUUAGAGGUAAAUUAGCAUUUACAGUAUAAUAAUCUUUUUAUUUAGUAGAGGUAAUAUUGGAUAUAAGAGGUAGGUUAUGGUUAUAAAGUCUAGUACACUAGAACAAAAUGCUAAUUUUAGGAUUACUAAAUUUAAUGCAUUGCCAAGCAAUAUUACUUGGGAUAACCUAUUUCUAUCAAAAUAACUAGAUUCAGUUCAUUUUAGGAAUUUUUCUAGGAUGAUAUUAUGAAAGGCAAGCCUUAGGACAGAAGCAAUUGUCAACAUUGGCAAGGCAUGUACACUGAGUGGUAGAAAGGUCUGAAUACAUCUUAAUAACUGCAAGAUGGGUUUUAAAAGUUAAUUUCACAAGAGGGGUCGAUUUAAUAUACUAGUAAAAACUGUUCUCAUACUACCAUAGAGACUCUUUUUUAUCUCCUGAAAGAAAAUACUUAUGAGAAAUUUUAAAUGCAACUGAUUAAUAGUUCAAGUAGAACCCAUUUCAGAGAACAAUCGCCUACGAUCUGAUUCAAAAAUACAUGUUGAGCUUUCAGUUAAUUAUUUGAAAGUUAUAUUUAAUGCACUCAACAAUUUUAAAGCAUCUCCAAUUUUCCAAUGUCGUCCAAAAAUCAUUCUGGUUAUCCUUUAGGAAGGUGUUUUAAAUUAUUUGCACUUGACCUGUAAUUCUAUUACCUUUUGACAUCUCUAGUGUCGUCCUCUGAAGAGAAAAAAAUCAUUAAUUCCUAAUAGAAAGAGGGUUUUGAUACAUUAUGAUGUACGGCUAUAUGUCUAUUUAGUAGAAAAUAAAAAAUGUUAGUGAUAUUCAGGCUGUUUUACCACCACUAGUAUGCUGGUUAUCAAUUUUAACAUGAAAUACAUUGCUAUUAUUUAUAUUAUAGAAAGAUUAAAUUUACAAACCAAAUUGGCUUCUCUUAAUUUUCUUAUUUAAGCGUAAUAAUUACAGUACAUAAUUUUCAGUAAACGUAAAGCUCUAUUAAAAAAUAACUGUCACGAAAAAUAAAAUCAUACAUUAAGAAAAUAUGUAUAUAUACACACAAUAUACAGUAUGAUGUUGAAUAAGUAUUUUUUUAGUUGCUUAUAAGUAUUGUAUUUUUAAAAGUAGCAAUGUAGGUUUUCGCCGCUUUGAAAUGAGUAACAUAAGCCUUAAACUGAAAGCACACACAUUUUGUCACUUGUAUAUAAAUUUUCUAUUUCUACUAAGAUUAGCUUUCAAUGAUAUGAAACCAAUUUUGUUACCAAUAGUAGUAUGUAGUAGUAGUAUGGAUAUAAUAUAAACAAACCAUACCGUUUGUAAUUAGUAAGAAUAAUGCCUUUUUAUAUCUAUGUAAAUUAUUUAGCGCUAAGUAGCUAAGUUUUUCUUUGCUCGUGAUAAGCCUACUUUCCUUGUCAUAAAAAACAACCAGGGAACAAGGAAGUAUUGUAUAUAAUUAUUUAUUUAGUGUAAUUGACUGAAAAUAUUAUCUAUGAGACUGUUUUAUUCAAAACGUAAAUAAUAAAUAAUUAACAUUUCAAAUAAUUUAAAAUUUAAAAUACACAUUUGACUUCUAAUAAAAUUGAAAAAUAGUUUUACUCUUAUUAUAAGUCAAAAGUACCGCACAAUAAUUAAGUAUUCGCUAACAGCUACUUCCUUGGUUAAAAAUAAACUUUAUGUAUUUAGUUAAA